AUGGAGGUCGUCGUGAGCGUGCUCGCUGCCAGGAACCUGUCACAGUCGCCGCUGAUCCUCCGGAAUCUGUACUCUAUUCUGGAGGUUGCCGACUGCGUGCACAAUAGCCCGCAGCUUGAGGUGAACGAUGUUCGCUUCAAAGUGCCCUCCGUGGACGCCUCCCUCCUGCUGACUGUCAAGAACGGCCAGACACAGACGAGCAUGUUUGUCCGCAGCGUGCCGCUCGACUUUGCACUCGGAUCGCCCACUGCCCAAGGCGUCUGGCUGGCGGUCUACGAGCCCGGCGACGCCCGCAACCUCACCUUCGACCUGGCCCCUCCCCGGACCGACGUGCCGCAGGUGCACCUCUCCAUCAGGAGCACCGGCCAGCUCGCGGGCUCGCCGCCGCGCACGGGCGACCGCAUGGCCUUCAGCGUUCCCACGUCCUCCAACGUCAUGGACCGGAGCACGGACGGCCCGCGCCCCUUCGCCUCCCCGCGCGCGUCCUACGGCGGCGCGGGCGCCUCCCUGGACAGGCUCUCCAUUAGGGAGAAGGAGCUGCAGGCGGAGGACAUCAAGGCGAAGGUGGCAGGCCUCGCGGAGAAGCAGCGCCAGGGGCGCGCCACGGAGCAGGAGCUGCAGGAGGUGGCCUGCGAGAUCCGGAACGUGCAGGCCGACAUCGACCACGUCGAGCAGGAGCUGCGGAGGCUGACCACGCAGAAGCAGGCGGCCGAGUGCGAGGAGAAGGAGGCGCGGGACGGCGUGGGUAUGGUUCGCGAGAGCCUCCGCAAGAAAGAGCUCUCGAUCCUGGAGCUGCGCUCGCACCGGGACGAGUCGCAGAGGCAGCUCAACCGGGUGCUGCAGGAGCACGACCAGGUCAGGUCCAGCAAGGAGCUCGAGAUCCGCAGCUUCGAUCAGGAGGUCAAGGGCAUGGCCACCGAGCUCGACCGCUGGAAGUCCGAGGCCGCUGGCCUCUCCGAGAAGCCCGG